GCAGCUCGCAGCGAGUGGAUUUAAUUCCAUAAAAAACAUUUCACGGCAACGGACGCGUGCGGACCAAGUAAAAAUAACCGGAGAGAGCGAGCACUGAGCUGAGAAAAAAAAGCGGAAGAAGGCUAAAGGCGCAAGGCAAAAUAUCUGAAAAAGAAAUAGAAAAAAAAAUAGAAACAUUCAGAAGAUAGAAAGCAGAUCAAGGCGAGAACGAAGAAAGAAGGAAAAGCGUGAAAAAAACAAAAAAAAUCGCGAGUGCAUUACUAGUUUUAUUCUAUUUAUUUUUUUUUUCCCGUGUGAGUGCAAUCCUCGAGAGGUAAAAAGGCAAGAAGCAUGGAUCGGGAGCUGAACGGCGCUAUGAGGAGUGUGUCUAUAAAUAGCAACGGUACCGCACAGCUGAACGGCCAUAGUCGCGACGAAACGGAUCGAGUGGGUGUAUCGGGGGGAGUGGCAACAGCAACUGCGACGUCGGCAGCGGCAGCGACAGCAUCACAAACAACCACAAAAUGCAGCUCAACGGCAGCGGUGAACGCAAAUGCAACAGCGGCCACAAAUGCAGCGAUAGCGUUGGAGGCGAACCGUUUUGCGGCCGCUAGCGCAUCAGAGAAAAAGAAAAUGGUGCACGAGUUAUGUCAGCAGCUGCUGCUAACGGACGAACAGGUGCAGGAGCUGUGCUAUCGCAUCCUGCACGAACUGCGCCGGGGCCUCGCCAAGGACACGCACCCGAAGGCCAAUGUCAAGUGCUUCGUUACGUAUGUACAGGAUCUGCCCAAUGGCAAUGAGCGCGGCAAGUUCCUCGCCCUCGACCUCGGCGGCACCAACUUCCGGGUGCUGUUGAUCCACCUGCAGGAGAACAACGACUUCCAGAUGGAGUCCCGCAUCUAUGCCAUACCCCAGCACAUCAUGAUCGGUUCGGGCACCCAGCUGUUCGAUCACAUAGCCGAGUGCCUGUCCAACUUUAUGGCGGAGCACAAUGUCUACCAGGAGCGUCUGCCACUGGGUUUCACCUUCUCGUUCCCGCUGCGUCAGCUGGGCCUCACCAAGGGCCUGCUGGAGACCUGGACGAAGGGCUUCAAUUGCGCCGGUGUCGUCAACGAGGAUGUGGUCCAGCUGCUGAAGGACGCCAUCGCCCGGCGCGGCGAUGUCCAGAUCGAUGUGUGCGCCAUCCUGAACGACACCACCGGCACCCUGAUGAGCUGCGCCUGGAAGAAUCACAACUGCAAGAUCGGUCUCAUUGUCGGCACCGGCGCCAAUGCCUGCUACAUGGAACGGGUCGAGGAGGCGGAGCUCUUCGAUGUCGAGGCGGACAACAAGAAGCCCCAUGUCCUGAUCAACACCGAGUGGGGCGCUUUCGGCGACAACGGUGCCCUCGACUUUGUCCGUACCGAGUUCGAUCGCGACAUCGACGUCCACAGCAUCAAUCCCGGCAAGCAGACCUUCGAGAAGAUGAUCUCCGGCAUGUACAUGGGCGAGCUGGUCCGCCUCGUUCUCGUCAAGAUGACCCAUGCGGGCAUACUGUUCAACGGCCAGGACUCGGAGGUGCUCAAUACGCGCGGCCUCUUCUUCACCAAGUACGUGAGCGAGAUCGAGGCCGACGAGCCCGGCACCUUCACCAACUGCCGGCUGGUCCUGGAGGAGCUCGGCCUGACCAACGCCACCGACGGCGAUUGCGCCAACGUUCGCUACAUUUGCGAGUGCGUCUCGAAGCGGGCCGCCCACUUGGUGUCCGCCGGCAUCGCCACUCUGAUCAACAAGAUGGACGAACCGCACGUGACCGUCGGCGUCGAUGGCAGUGUGUAUCGGUUCCAUCCCAAGUUCCACAACCUGAUGGUGGAGAAGAUCUCGAAGCUGAUCAAGCCGGGCAUCACAUUCGAUCUGAUGCUAUCGGAGGAUGGAUCUGGACGCGGUGCGGCGCUGGUGGCGGCGGUCGCCUGUCGCGAGGACAUGCUCUCGCCCAAGAAGUAGGAUCAUCUGUCGCCGUUCAAGUCCUGCGAGCGGAAGGCCAGGCGGCGGAAACCGGAGAACACCUAGUACACGGCCACGGCCACCACGGCGUAUGCGUAAUUACAGUCAGGCCUCGCUAACUCGCCAAAGCGCCCACACCAGAAAGACAAAGACAAAAACCAGCUGCCAGAUGAAGAGACCAGCCAGACCAGCCAGAUCAGCCAGACCAGCUCCAUACAUUAUCCUCACAGAACAACCUCCCCGACCAGAUGGUCCUCUUCGAGGGACUCCCAAUGCGUCGGAUCAACGUCGGGGGACAGAGAGAGAGAGAGAGACCUUUUCGGAGCUAUUGGAGAGUUAGCGAGGCCCCACUGUGUAGGUUCCUUCGUUGGCUGUCGCCAGGGGGCGCCAGCCAUGCCCACAGAAACAACGCCACCUGGCGAUGAGCUGCUUUAGUAUUUUAAUUAGGCAAAAAAAAAAAACGAAAGAGAAAACAAAGUUUUUAAAGAAAAAAAAAAAAACAUUCAGAAAGAAAAGCAAAAAAAAAAAAAUACAAAAAAGUAAUCCCACUAAGAGACAGAAGAUUUGUUGCAUUCUAUCUCUUUCUCUCCUAGUUAAAACAUAAAAAAAAAACUUAAAAAGAAUGGUAAUGCUUAAUGAUUAUAUGGAUCGAUUUUCGAUUUUUGUUAAACAUUUGUUAUGCUAUUAUAUACACCUACAUAUAUAUAUAUAAAAACAAAACCGAUAAAGUAAUAAUACACAAAAAAAAAAACCACUAUUAUAGUACAAUUUUGUGAAACGAAUUUCUUUUCGAUUUCGAUUUCGAAAUUUUGGUGACAGACCUCCCCUCCCAUCCCCCCGCCCUAGCCCUAGCCCACAGAAAGAGAAAGAGAAAUAGAGCGAGAGAGAGAGAGAGAAAUUGUUAUACUAUCGUGCUACAAGCAUUCUAGCAUAUCCUGCAGGACAACCGACAAAAUCGCACAUUGUUAAUGGAAAAAAAAGAAAAUUAUAAAAAAAUAUGAAAAUACUUGAAAAAAAAGCCGCUAAAAGGAAGAAGAGCAGGACAGACAGACCGAGCGAGAGAGAGAGAGAUAGGAAAUACUAGGCGAAGAUGAACCCUACGAGGAACCCUACGGCGCUAGAUGGUGUCCUUUCUGUAAUUGUAAAUGUUUAUAUAGAACCUAUUACGAAGCGUUAUAUGAUAAUACUUGCAUACAUAUAUAUAUUUACAUAUAUAUAUAUAUAUAUAUCUAUAUCUAUAUAUAUAUAUAUAAAAUAUGAUAUACAUUAGCCACUAUAUAUAUUACUGACUUUUUUUUUGUAAUCUACUUGCUUUGUACUGUCUUUGUUUAGUGAAUUUGUUUGUUGUUUAAAAAACUAAACAUAUAAGGAAGGCAGAAGGUGUGUGCUUUUUUUUUUUUUUUCCUCGGAUAUAGUAGACACUAUAGUAGAAUGGAUGGAUGCACUGUUGUGAGCCGAUUAUUUAUGUAAUUGUACAUUUUUUGACCUAGUUUAGUGUUUAGUUCAUAUCUUAGUUUCUAAAUGUUGUCGUGGAAGCCCGCAAUACUAUAUACCACCCCAACCACCAACCCCCCCCAUCCCUUAAUUAUAUUUAAUUAUUAUUUACCCACAACAACAACAACAACAACUAAAACAACUAUCGCCGAAGAGAAAUGCGAGAAAGCGAAAGCGAAAAGGCAAAA